CUAAAUCAUACAUAAUAAUAGUUCUGAUUUUUCAGAAAAAUGUCAAUAAUUAAAAAGAAUAUUGAGGACAAGAUAAUAUUGUUAUCACAUGAGCAGUACAUAUUGGAAACCUAUCCCGCCGCGGAUCCGACCUGGAUUUCCAAACUGUUUAAUAUAAAAACUCAAUUUCUCAUGGAUGGAGAAGCUUUGGCCUUGGCCAACAGUUUGGAAGGAGGAGGAGAACAGAGAAAAAGAAAGAAAAGAAAGAUGAAGGAUAUAGAUCAUUCUGAGUUCAAAACUGAGAUUCAGUUUUUAGAGGAGAAGUUGAAAAUGAUUAAACAUAAAUUUGCAGAUGUAUACAGUGGUGCCCCUAGUUUAGAAGAUAUUAAGGAAAAUAAUAAAAAUCUUAGAAUACAUGUUCAACAGUUGAUGCAUGCCUUAGAGGGGUUUAAUGAUGGCAUUGAGAGCAGAGGAGGAAAUGAGACAGACCAUGUUGUGGAAAAACAGAGAAUUCUACUUCCUCCUGAUUCUCAGUACAGGUUAUGUGAUAUCAAUACCUUAGGGUUGGAAACCACAUUUGAUCUUAUCUUAAUGGAUCCCCCCUGGGAGAAUAAACAUGUCAAAAGGAAGUUGGAUUCAAACCUGGGAUAUUCUAUGCUCAACAAUCAUCAGAUCAAGAAAAUUGGAGUUCGAGAAUUAUUGAAUAAAGAUGGAUUGGUGGCAGUAUGGUGUAGCAAUAAUGCCAGGCACAGAGCAGCUAUUAGGGAUUGGUUUAUGCACUGGGGAUUGAAGGAGCUGGCCACUUGGUAUUGGAUCAAGCUAACAAGGUAUGGGGAACCAGUUUGUAAAUUUUCUUGCGGGAAGAAUCCAUAUGAGGUUCUGAUUAUAGCCGCUAGGGGAGGAGACUAUGAAGUUCCGCAGGAGUUAGUAUUUGGAAGUAUUCCAAGUGGAAUACACUCCCAUAAACCUCCCAUAUCUCAUCUUCUCGAUCUUUGGUUUCCAAAUCACAGAAGAAGACUUGAGAUCUUCGGACGUUAUCUUCAGCCAGGUUGGACUACGGUAGGCCUGGAAGCCUGUAAACUUAAUCAUAUUAAUUUGUUCAAAUCUCCUUGAUAACACCUAGGAUCUGUAUUUUCAUAAUAAACACAAAUAGUUGACA